AUGUCGGGUCUGUCAAAAUUGUGGUCGCAAUGUAUGGUGUGUGGUCAAUUUUGUUGUAAAAAUAAAUAAAAGAUUUGAUUACUUGCUCAGUGGUGACUGUAAUGAACAAUUAAGUUUAGCUAAUUACUUGUCUUUAAUUGGACAUCAACAUUAUCGGUCUUGUGAAUAGUGUAAGGCUUUAACUCAAUUAUCAUCGCUAUGAAUAAGGACAAAAGGGAACCUGACUAUCCUGUUGAAUUAGAGUCUCAAUUCAUCAUGAGAUUACCCGAAGAACCUGCCAAAGUUUUAAGAAAUGUUCUUAGCACUGGUGAAAAUUUAAAAAAUAGGCUUGCCAUUCAAAUGGAAAAUGAUAUGAGACAUGGUGAAAUAAGAUUUGAUAAUUGGCUAUUGCAUGGCAAAAUUGUAGACUUGCCUACAAUAGUUGAAUCGCACAAAACAAUAGACAGGAAGAGUGUUUAUAAAACUGCAGAUAUUUGUCAAAUAAUGAUAUGCAAAGAUGAACUAGACCCGUCGUCAACUGAAGAAGAGUCACCUACUAAAAACAAAAAAAAGGAUCCCUUUAAAGUAGAUAAGAAGUUUCUUUGGCCACAUGGUAUUACACCUCCUACUAAAAAUGUUCGCAAAAGACGCUUUAGAAAAACACUAAAAAAGAAGAAUAUAGAAGCUCCAGAAAUAGAAAAGGAAGUUAAAAGGCUUCUAAGAGCGGAUAACGAGGCUGUAAGUUUUACAUGGGAGAUAAUCAAUGAAGAAGAGGAGAGAGCUGAGAAACAUGAGCCACAUUUAUCUGUCAAACCUGAAAAAACUAAAAUCAAGAAGGACCAUGGAGUUAAACAUGAAAUGGAAGCCAAUAAAUCAUCAUCCAAAGUUGAGGAUAUAUUUGGAGGGGCAUUAAGUGAUAGUGAUUUGGAAGAUGAAAAUAUAAAUGUGGACAUUGAAGAUAGUCGUCUUUCUGCGUAUGAUGAUCCUCCCUCAGACUCGCUUCACAGUUCUGAUUUCAAAGGCUCUAGAGCUGCAACUCAAUUUAGCUCUGAAAUGUUUUAUUCAUCAGAAGGGCUGCCGAGCACAUCUGAAACCAUUUAUAAAGGCAGAGAACAAUAUUCUAUUGAUGAUUUUCUUCAAGGAAAUGUUGAUAGUAAUUUGAGUGUUAAAUUACAGCAGCUUAGUACUGAAUUGGAAGAACUAAAACAAAGAAGACAACGAACUCAACAUGAAAUUGCUGGAAUGGAAAAUAUGACCUUACGUCAAAGGUUUUUGGAGAUACUACAAACCCUAAAUAAGGAAAUUAUGAAUAAAGAAAUUGAAUAUCAAAAUUUGCAGUCCUUAAAAUAAUAUUAAUACAUUUUGAUAGCAUAAUGUAAAAUAGUAUUUAA